GUCAGCUGUGCGAACACACCAAAACACCUAACCCAGGCUCCCCAGAGAACCGAGAUAUCACAAUGGCACCGAGCGCGAUCAUUGCACCCUCCAUCCUAUCGGCAGACUUCGCCAAGCUGGGGGCAGAAUGUGCGAAGACAAUGGACCAGGGCGCCGACUGGCUCCAUGUUGAUAUCAUGGAUGGCCACUUUGUCCCAAACAUAACCUUCGGUGCCCCUAUCGUGGCCAAGAUCCGCUCGCACGUCGAGAAACCCACCGUUCGCCACGGCCGCGGCACCUUCGACUGUCACAUGAUGAUCGCCGAACCCAGGCGAUGGGUCAAGGAAUUCCAAAAUGCCGGCUGUGAUCUGUACUGCUUCCAUUACGAGGCUGCUUUUUCCACCGCCGCCGAAUCCCCGAGCGGCCACUCCGACCAGAAGACAAACCCCAAGGAUCUGAUCCGGUAUAUCCACGAUUGCGGCCUGCAGGCCGGCAUUGCGAUCAAGCCCAAGACCGGUGUUGAUGUGCUGUGGGACAUCUUGGAGAACCCCAACGAGGCAGAGAGGCCCGAUAUGGUGCUAAUCAUGACCGUGGAGCCGGGUUUCGGAGGCCAGAAGUUCAUGGCAAGUGAGCUGCCCAAGGUGCAGGAGUUGAGGAAACGGUAUCCGGAACUAAACAUCGAGGUGGACGGUGGACUGGGUCCCAGCACCAUCGAUCAGGCCGCUGAUGCCGGCGCGAACGUGAUCGUGGCCGGCAGCGCUGUUUUCGGGGCCCAGGAUCCAGCCGAGGUGAUUUCUCUUCUGCGUAAGAAGGUUGACGAAAGAUCGGGGAAGAUAUGAAGGCAAAACCACAAGGAUAGUCUUUUUUUUGUCUCUAAAGAAAGAGAAGAAAAUCACCGAAAACCCCUUAUGCUUUAAAUUAGCCAGCAGCAUAUAGAGCGACUCGUUACAUCCUCCUCCCGCC